AUGGCGGCCGCACCCCUCGCCGCUGCCGAAACGGUAGCAUCGCCCGUCGCAUUAUUCGCGCUGGACUCGCGAAGACUUCUUAUUCCGUACAAGUGCGUUACCCUGUUACCACGAAAAGCGCCGCUUUCUCACACGUAUUCCAUAGUCGCUAUGCCUCGCUAUAGUCACUUUUCUGGCGCUGGUUAUCCCUCGACGAAAGCCUUGCGAUUCCACGUGUCAGCGAGCGGGAGUGACGUGGACGGACCUUCGCAGCGCGUCGGCUCUAGGCGACGCGGUAGGCCCCGGAAGAACAAAUUCCCGGAGGACGAAACUUCGAGGGAAAGCUCCGCAGGAUCGGAAAGUUCGCUGAGCGUUCCCAAGAGUGGCGACGAAGUUUCCUGGUCGGAGAGCUCUGACGAAUUCAGCGGGUCUGACGGCGAGGGUUCAGGGUUUCAGAGGGCCUUAGCGGUUCCAGAAGACAGUUUCGACCAAUCAGGCUUCGUUAACUCGCGCGAGCAGUUCGAGGAAGCUUCUGUUGAAAUCGUGACUGUAUCGGGCAGGGCGUCGGAGGACGACUCGGGAGAGAUCGUGACUGUAUCUGACGUUUUUUCGAGUUCGGAUGACAAUAAUGAGGGCUCGGAUGUAGAUCGUCAAGACUAUGACGAGGGAUCGGCAGAAGCUGAUUGGUCCAACGGAAACGAGGAUCAGCCGAGCGGUAGCGCUGCUGGGGGUAGCAGGGCGGUGGGGGGGCUCCCCCCUCCAACGUGGCGACAAAAUCUGCCGCCCUCUCCGCCGCCCGCGCCUGCGGGCCCCAGUCAGGUGGUUUGCGUAGGGGAGGCGGUUCGGGAAUUCGUUCCCGUUGUGCGCCGCAGCUCGCGGCAAGCCCCUGACGAGAUAUUUGCCACGUGGCGCAAUCUCCAGUGGGUGCCUCCGGAUUUCGCGCGCGCCCCGGGCGGGCCGGCGUGCCAGGUGGCGGUCGCGCUGGCUCGGCUGAAUGCUGACGUGGCGUUCGUGGGAGCAGUAGGGGAUGACGAGGCGGGGCAAGCAUUUUUGGAAAUCCUGGACGCGAAUGGCGUGUCGACACGUGGCGUGGAGAUGCAAGCUGGAUUAAGAACCGGAGCAAAGCUAAUUUCGCUGGAAAAAGCGCAAGCGCAAGAAAAUUAUGAAGAAUCAACGGCGAGAGAGGAGUUAGAAUUGCGAGAAGGAGAGGUGCUUAGAGGGGGGGUGGUGAUUAAAAAGAGCAGCAGCGGGUCGAGUAAGAGUGCGGGCACUGCAUGGCGUGUCGGCUUCCCAUUGGCCGAGGAAGCGCGUGACGUGGCAGGUCGAGAGGAGGAAGAAGGGGAGAACGAGGAGGACGAAGAGGAGGAGGAGAGGAAGGAGUCAAGAGAGGGGAGGGGGGAUGGGGAGCGGCGAGUAAAGGGGCUGGCAGUGGCGGCGGCAGCAUCUGGGGGAGGUGUAUCUGAGGACGCAAAGGACGUGCUCAGACAGGCGUCGUGGAUUCACUGCACCUCCAUGUCUCUCGCCACUCCUUCCGACCGCACUGCACUCCUCGCCGCGGGGGAGAGGGAGGAGGGGGAGGGCGAGGGCGUGUAUCACUGGAAGCCGGAGGAACUGGCUGGGCUGUGGCAUGACGGCAUGGAGUUGCUGUUGGUUACCCAUGGCACCAUGCAGGUCCAUUACUAUGGAAGGGGCUUUCACGGAUGGGUGGAGGGCACAGAGGACGUGCUGAUUGCUGCCAUGACGUGCGACCGAGCUGGGUCGGGGGAUGCCCUUGUGGCAGGUCUCCUGCGCAAGCUCUCCACCAACCCCUCUAUUCUAAGCGACCCCGAUGCGCUGGAGAGGGCCAUUCGCUUUGCCAUUUCCGCCGGAGUGAUCUCCUCGUGGACUACCGGGGCUGUCAGGAGCUUUCCCUCCGAGGAAGCCGCGCAGAACCUCACCGAGCAAAUGUUACGGCUCGGACCGAACCUUGGGACGCCCCUCAAGCCUUCUUCUUCCAAGCCUCUCCGCGCUCGACCCAGGAGCUCGGUGAUCGUGCGAGCCGCGACGGACUUGUACCAAACCCUCGGAGUCCCUUAUACCGCGAACAAACAGGAAAUAAAGAAGGCGUUUCGAGAAAUGGCAAGAAAGUAUCACCCGGACGUGUCCCAUGCCUCAGGUUCGGGCCGAGCCUUCCAGGCCAUAGUGACGGCGUACGAGGUGCUGUCAGACGACCAGCAGCGACGCCUCUACGACCUUAGCAUCCAACGCGCUGCGACUUCUAGUCGCGCUGCUGCUGCGAGUCGCGCUGCUGGGAGUCGCGCGGCUGCUAGUCGCGGCGCUACAGUUGCUCGCGGCGCGUUUGUUCGUGUUGCUGGUGUUCCCACUCGCAGCUCCGCGCGGCAUUGGUCGUCCGUGUCAUCUGCCACGUCGGCACACGGAUCAUCUGUCAGCUUCGACCCUUUUGACAGGGCGUUCUCAGCCUCGGUACGGCCCUCCGCCGAGCCUGGCCCAGGUUCGGCCCGAGCCUCAUCCUCGGAGUGCCCGAUCUUCUCGGCAUGGUACCUGCGGUGGCUGUUCCAUGCGCGGUGGGCGCUGGCAGUGCAGCAGCGGGCACGGCGGGCCGCUGAGUUCAAGAGGAGAGGAGGAGCUUGGCAGGCUGCUGAGUUUGAAACCAGGAGAGGCAUGAGCAGCAGGAUACAUGAGGAGCAGGAGGAGCAGAGACACGCGGGGCAGGAUGCAGGAAUGAGCAGAAGGAGGAGACCGGAGCAGGGUGGAUCACAUCCGUUGGUGGAGCAGGGGGGCCUGUUGGAGGCAGAUGCGUACAAUUCGGGAUGGGUGGCUGCUGCUGCUGCUUCUGCUGCUGCUGCUGCUGACACCGGCGGUGCUGUUGCUGCGGCAGCUGCGGGUAGUUCAGGAGGAGCGGAGCAAGAGGCAACACUGCAAGGAGAGAAGUAUUUUGGAGGCAGUAGGCAGCUGCGGGGCGAGCCUCGUCUCCAUCACGCACCCGCCUCUCCCGCCUCGUCUCCCGAAUCCGCUGCUGCUGCUGGUGGUUCUGCCCAGCACUCUAAAGCUUCAACCCUUCCUCUGGCUUCACAUGCCCGUUUAUUCCUCUCUUUCCUCUGCCACGCGCCUUCCUCUCUCCUCCACAUCCUCCUCUCCCCGCUCCAGCCGGAGUGGCGGGCGUCUUUUGGCUCAGACCUCGUUUUCAUCCUCGUUAGUGUCAUCCUCGGUGUUCUUUAUGGUACCAACGCUACUGUAGCAUGGCUGUCGUUGGUCCUUAUCCUCUCUGCGAACACAAGGCUCGGGCUGAAGGUCGCUGCAGCUGUCGCGUGGAGGCUUGGGGGAAUGCCGGGCCUGUGGAUCGGCGUGGGGCUGCAUGCCUUGUCGUUUUUGCUGGGAAUUGUGCAUCAUGAGGCGGUGGGAGCUUUGGCAUUUGUUGUGUGGAUGGGACGGCAGAUCGGACAGGGGAUGGGACAGGGGAUGGGCGGUGGAAUGGCAUUGGCGCCGGCUAUUCUGGUAGUGGGUGCAGCGGGGAUUCGGGCGGUGCGGGCGAUCCUUGCGAUCAAUCCGAGCAAGCAGGGUUUCGGGUGUGCUGAGUCGAUUUUUGAGUCGACUCAAAAAUCGACUCAAUCCGAGCAAGCAGGGUGUCUGGUGCGCCUGAGCUUUUCACGCUCGGAACGUGGUCAACCGCGCCACCGGAAAGUGGGCAGUCGUGCGGUCAUGAGGGAAUUCGAGCAACGCAUCUGGAAGAUGCUCGACGGCGAGCGACGCAAGAUCGUCGAGAAGGAGAUCACUGUGCAGCACCUCGAGAACGAGCGGAGGGAAAGACUGGUGAAGGCGAGCAGGGACGUGACUAUACAGAGCAAGAAGAUCAUCUUCGCCAUCCACAGAGCCACUACUCCUCAUGCGCUGGCAGCAGAAGCGCAGCAGCUGGCGGCCCUACGCACACACCACAUCGCCCAGGUGGCUCGCGAGCUGCAAGCAGUGGACUACUGGCGCUUCACACGCGCUUACACGUGGGGGGUGGGUGGAGGAGGGAUGGGAUGGGAUGGGAUGGGAUGGGAUGGGAUGGGAUGGGAUGGGAUGGGAUGGGAUGUGGUGGAGUUGGAUGGGUGA